AUGGUCGCAGUGAAGCAGCUCGGCCUCGCAGCUCUUCUCUGGCUUGGACUCGCCAACCAAGGCCUCGCGCUGGGCAUCGACGAGACCACCAACGAUCUCAUGCUCGUGCAGAGAAGUUCGGGCAAUCUGUUCAGCAUCGUCCCGAUGCUCCCAAAGCGUAGGGCGGAGGAGAUUCAGCUUGAUGAACGCGAUUUUGAGGAGCUUGACGAGCGUGACCUCGAUCUUGAAGAGCGAGGGUUCCGCAAGGGCUUCAACCCGGGUGUUGCAAAGUGGAAAAAGCCUCGUGAUGUUGAGGAGCGGGGGUUCCGUAAGGGUUUCAACCCGGGUGUUGCCAAAUGGAAGAAGCCUCGUGAUGUUGAGGAGCGAGGGUUCCGCAACGGCUUUAACCCGGGUGUUGCAAAGUGGAAAAAGCCUCGCGAUCUUGACGAGCGAGGGUUCCGUAAGGGUUUUAACCCUGGUGUUGCCAAAUGGAAAAAGUCUCGUGAUGUUGAGGAAUCAUCCUAG